AUGUCAUUGCAUCGUCAUUUUGUUGGUAGACCAUCAAUAAAUCGUAAAAUUUCGCAUCCAUUUUAUAAUAGGAAGGGAAAAAAAAAUUUUUACAAUAACAAAGAAGAAGAGGUUGAUGGUUUUGAUAAUUUUGAUAAUUAUAAAAUCAGUGAUGAUAAAAAAUUUGAUCAUAUUGAGGAAUUUUGUGAAUUAUUUCCUGUUGAUGAUAAGUCAAUGUCUAGAAUGGAAACUGUAGAAAUUUUGUCACAAUAUUUAUGGAAUGGUAAAUUUUCUUCUCCUGUGAAAGAAAGAUUAAAGAAUGGUGGUGCAACUGUAAUAGACAUUGGAUGUGGACCUGCAACUUGGUUAAUGUUUAUGGCAGAAGAAUUUCCAAAAUCAACAUUUGUUGGGAUUGAUAUAGUGAUUGAUUUGAAUGAUUCUAAGAAAGAAUUACCAGGGAAUUUGGCAUUAAUUAGGCAUGAUAUACUUGAUGGUUUACCAUUUCCAGAUGACACUUUUGAUUUUGUUCAUCAAAAAUAUAUGGUACAGUCACUAACAAUUGAUCAAUGGUCUUUUGUAAUUGAUGAACUGAUACGUAUAACUAAACCUGGUGCCAUGCCAUAUGAUUUGGGUCCAGUGGGGAAAAGAUAUAUGGUUGGAUAUGGAAUGAUCCGUGAAUCUAUUGAACAAAAAUUAAUAAAUGCUGAUGAAAUAAUCGAAAUUACUGAUCAAGCAAGGAAUUUUCCAUUAGGUGGUGAUGGUAUGGCUGGCGAAAUGGUGAGAACAACUAUAGUUGGGUCACUAGAAAAUGCAGGACCAUAUAUCUCAACAUUUGUUGGAGUUAGUUUAGAAGAAUAUAAUGAUAUAAUUGAACAAUGUGCUGUAGAAAACCUCAAGUAUAAACCUUAUAUAAAAAAUUUUAGUGUUGGAAUAUAUGGUUUCUUCAACCUUAAUCUUAGCGAAGAAAUUCGACGGACAAAAAAACUUGGUCUUGACAAUGAAUUAGACUUGUCUUUUCUUUUAAUGGAUGAAAAUCUAGUUGAUAGCGUUCUUGCAUAUGAAUAUAAUAUUCAUUAUUAUGAUGAUAAAGCUAUCUCGAUAGACGAUGAAUGA